GAAGUCACUAUCUGCACGUCAGUCAGCUUCGAGAAAGCAACCCCACACACAGUAUCGUGAAUCUCCUGAAUUAAACCACUGCUUCUCGGUCGUCUGUGUUGUCGUCAGCGGACCAACAAAUUUUGAAUCAACCAAUUAGCACAAAUAGGAAAAUUGCAGCACUCCUCGAGUGCCAAUAAAUCUGUCCGCUGCGGUGACCCAAUGGAUCAGUAGAUCGCCAACCGUGAGGUGAUGUUGACUUUAAGGAUAGCACUUUUGGGGGUGGUGUUGGGUAGUUCCUGUCUGGUCCAGUUGGUGGCGACCUCGCGACUUCCCAGUCUGUACGAGAAGCACCUGUUCAAGCGUCAGGCCGAAGCCAGCAACGAUGAAAACACCGGUCUGUACGACGAGAACGACUCCGUAGUAUCGCUGAACGCAGCCAACUUCAACGAGAAAGUCUACCAACAACCGCACGCAUCGCUGGUGGAGUUCUACAACUCGUACUGCGGUUUCUGUCGAAGGUAUGCUCCGAUCUGGAAACAGCUGGCGGCGGAUAUCCUAGGCUGGCAGAAUGUGGUGAAGGUCAUGGCCUUGGACUGCUCGCGGGACGACAACAACGCCCUCUGUCGAGUGUACGAAGUGAUGGCCUACCCGACGAUCCGUUUCAUUCCGCCGUACUACGAGGAGGGCACACAGAAGAUCGGCAUCCCGAUAACGGCCCACGCAGAAUCCGAUGUGAUCAAUGCUCUGAUCGAGAACUUACAUAACGUAACUCACAAACCACCCAAAUGGCCCCACUUCACCCCGUUGGACCCAAAUUUUGAAAAAGCCAACCUCUUUGCCAAAAGCGGUGAUGUCGAACCACCAAAGUACGCCUACGUAGUCAACGAAAACGAUCCCAACGGAACGUCCGUCGGCAGUCAGGUAUUGCUAGACUUCAUGGACACACCGGUAGUGGCUGUGAAACGAAUUCACGAUGCGACCGAACCCAGUGGGCUGAAAGUGAUCAUCGCGAAGACGAUGAGCGAGAUUAAGCUUCCAGUGGAUGAGUUCACUCGCGAAAAAGUUUCGGCAGCUAUUCGAAAACACCUGAACGAGCACCACAUCAGCGUGACUGAAGUAUCCACCAAGGCGACAAGUAAGGAGUCUUCCUCGGAGCCGAACAUCUCGGAAAUCAUGGAGAAGAAACAGGAAGAUGCUUUGCGCAGUAAGAUAAAGGAACUAGGUCCGGGGGUAGUAUAUCAGGCGGACUUGGAAGAAGCCGUGAAAUUUGCACUGUUCCACGAGGUGGUCCGGUUCAAAACGAUCGAGGGGGAGAGACUGUUGGCGUUGCAGCGAUUCCUGAAUGUUUUGGUAAGGUAUUUCCCAUUUAAUGAGAACGGCAUGAAAUUCUUGAAGGAAGUUAGACAAUAUGUGUUGAACGCCGAAAAGGAAGUUAAUGUCGAAAGUUAUGCGAGCCAAAUCAAGAUACUAGAGCAGAAUAGGGCACCCGUGUUCUCGUCUAAUCGGUGGAUAGGUUGCUCGAGUACCAAGGACGGCCUUAGACGAUAUCCGUGUGGUUUGUGGACUUUGUUCCACUACAUGACCGUCCAAGCAGCCGAAUCGGAGAUUUCAACGGAUCCUUUGGAGAUUCUGCAGGCCAUGCAUGGUUACAUCAAGUACUUCUUCGGAUGUUCCGAUUGUUCCAACCAUUUCCAACAGAUGGCAGCACGUAACAAAAUAUGGAACGUGACCAGCAAGGACGAUGCCGUCCUAUGGUUGUGGUCCAGUCACAACGAAGUUAACAAACGACUGUCUGGCGAUACUACGGAGGAUUCGGAUCACCCGAAGAUCCAAUUCCCUUCGGACGCAAUGUGCCCGGAGUGUCGUAAGCCUAUUCUUACCAACCACCACAACCACCAGCAGUACACAUUGAAGGAUGGACAUGAGUGGAACGUUCUGGAGGUGCUGCAUUUCCUGAAGCGGAUGUACAGUUUCGACAGUAGGAAUCCGUUGGGUUUGCAAGAGGCAAGCCUUGUGCCGCAAAAGUUGGUCCAAAACGGGCUAGGUGACGACUUUCACUCCAACCGAACGUUUGGCAAUGUCUUGAACGAGAUGGACAUCCGGAUGGGCGCCCUGCUUUACGUGGCCUGUAUCGUAAUGCUGGUAGUUGCGGUUAAGAUGGUGGUCAAACGAGGCUACCGAAAGAAGAUGUACACGCACGAUAUUUUGGGAAAGGUGUAGGAAGAUGGCGACGGGUGGGCUCAAUGCAAUGGCUGCUCACUAAUGGUCUAUCGAACUCAUUUCGAUUGCGUCUUUUUCUCAGUCUCUAAUCGUGGAUAGCUUGUAAGCCGAACAGCUAGAAGUGUGCGUUCCUCUUCUACCACAUUAUACAGUGAUAUUUCAGUGUCAAAAACAAAAUGGAAAUCGAUUUUGCGGAUUCAAUAAACUCAACUGUCCUAGUCCUAAGCAACGCGGGAAAUUUAAUCGGGAGAAUCUAUCGUCUACUUCGUUCAGUCAAUUUCCGAGGAGAGGAGAAUAUGUGUGUGUAACUUGUUUGUGAUUUUAAAUAGUGGAAUAAUGAAAUUCGUUAUUAUUUUCUGAAAUAUACAUUCCAGUAAAGUCGGAAAAGCAAAACAGUGCGGAACGUUUGA